GAGUGUUCGCACCGAUCGCGAGCGCGUAGCGAUUACUUCUGUCUGUUGUUUAGGAAUGGCGCCGUCAGGGAAGCUGGAAGGCGGCGGGUACCCGGAUGGAGGUCUGGCUCUGUACUGACCGAGAACCAGGGUCGAGUGGGCUAUGGGGGAGCCCGGCUCCUUGGUUAUGGGGGACCGCGCCGGUGGCCGGAUCUGGUGCUUGCGGCGGGUGGGGAUGAACGCCGAGAGGCUGCUGCUGGAGGAUGGAAACGAGGUGACCGUAGGGCGAGGAUUUGGUGUCACAUACCAAUUGAUAUCAAAACUCUGCCCUCUGAUGAUUUCCCGUAACCACUGUGUUUUGAAGCAGAACGCUGACGGCCAGUGGACAAUUAUGGACAACAAGAGUCUGAAUGGUGUUUGGCUGAACAGAGUCCGUCUAGAACCUUUGAAGAUCUAUUCUAUCCAUAAGGGAGACCACAUCCAGCUUGGGAUGCCUCUGGAAAAUAAGGAGAACGCAGAGUAUGAAUAUGAAGUUAUUGAAGAAGUCCAGGAGAGGAAUCCUUAUGUUACCCCAAAGAGUGACCAGUUGAUGGAAAAAAAUAAGGACUUGAGAACUAAAAGGAAAUUUAUGGAUGAAUUGGAGGGUUCUGGAGCUGAAGGCCCUUCAAAUUUGAAGUCCAGAAUAAGUAAAGUGUCUUGUGAAUCUGGCCAACCAGUGAAGUCACAUGGGAAAGGCGAAGUGGCCAGCCAACCCUCCGAAUGUCUGGAUCCUAAGUUGACUUCUGUUGAGCCCAGUGAGAAGACCGCGGGGGCUCAUAUGUACUCUGGCCCCGCAAAAGUCGUGGAGCUUCAUCCUAAGAAGCAGAAAGCCUCAUACCCGUUAGCAUCUCAGAACAUCUUAGAGCUAUUUAAGGUGAUUAUGUCUCGGAUUCUGAAGCUUAAAGCACAGAUGCAGGAAAAACAGGCCCAGCAGCAGGCCAGAGUGGAGCAGCUAGUGAAGAUGUUCAAGAAAGAGCAGCAGUAUCUCCAGGGGUUGGAGAAAGAGCAAGGAGAAGAGGACCUGAAGCAGCAGCUGGCCCAGGCUCUGCAGGAGCAUCGGAAUCUGGUGGAAGAGCUAAAUCACAGCAAGAAGAAUUGUGAAGCAAUUAUUCAAGCCAAGAACAGAGAGUUGCAGCAGAUCAAGGAAGAGAAGGAGAAGGUGCAAGCGCAGAAGGAGGAGAUUUUCAGCCACCUGAAUGAUGUGCUAGAGAAUGAGCUCCAGUGUAUCAUUUGCUCCGAAUACUUCGUCGAGGCUGUCACCUUGAACUGUGCCCAUAGUUUCUGUUCCUACUGUAUCAGUGAGUGGAUGAAGCGGAAGAUAGAAUGCCCGAUUUGUCGGAAGGACAUCAAGUUCAAAACCCACUCCCUGGUUCUGGACAGCUGCAUUAGUAAGAUGGUAGAUAAUCUGAGUUCAGAAGUAAAAGACCGACGAAUGGCCCUCAUUGGGGAACGAAAAGAGGUGGGUCACUGCUUACCUGGUUCCAGGAUGGGAAAGAAAACUAGAUUGGUGUUUAGGAGAUAGAAGCUUAGGAAAACCUGCGGUGUCCUUGGUUAUCGGUGAUGACAAUGAGGGACAAGACAGGAAGUUGAAGAGUAGUCAUUUGAAACGCGGAGCUCUAGUAGGACUGUGAACUGUAUUCUGUCAUUCAGUGAUUUCCUUCCAGAUGGGAAGGUAUUUUCCUCUCCCUUUUUACUGCCUAUUUGGAGAACCAGUCUUUGUAGUUGUUUAUUUACACACCAUGUGUUUUCGUAAAGGAUUGGAAACUAUUGACUUGCCAACUUUUUAGAGAUGGUAGCUUUUUACCUU